AUGGACCGAAACUCACCACCAGAAACGCCAGGCAGAGACUCAAAAUCAAUUCUAGUUCUCUCAGUAGAAUGUCUAAAAGGGAGUUCAAAAGCUGACGAAUGGACAGGAGACAUGCUUCAAACAGGAGAUAUAGUAGAAGAAAUUCUGAUCGGAUCCGGAUCAUCAUCAUCAUCCGGAUCCAGGUCUAUGAGAUAUCAAGCUCCAUUCAAGAAUGGAAAAAGUGGGGUUCAGAAGAUACUUCAUAACUCGUUCAAAAACAAAGAGACCUCCAUUGUUGUUCGAGUUAGACGUGGUAGAGAUGAGUUUGUUGAGUUGCAUGCCUGUGUUGUGCCUGAGUCGGGUUAUAAAAAUAAGUAUGUUUUGAGGUCUAUUGACGAUCCGAAUUAUGCUGUCGGGUUCACCGAUCGGUCUGAAGCUGAUUGCUUUGAAUUACAAGCUUCAAGAAGCUCCAGAAUUGUUAGUGCAUUGCAGAGGGCUAAGCUUCAAGAUGGAUAUGUGGCAUAUCCGUGGGAAAAGAGGAUGAAGGAGGUGCUAAAUGUUCCAAGUUCAAGCAGCUUUCUUUCGAUACUCCUCCUUCCAAAAGCUUCAGAUAGAGUUGCUUCUCGGUACAAUGACUUGGAGGACACUCUUGCCAGGGCAAAUGCGUGGCUGUAUGCAUCUCAGGCUACUGGGGUUCCAGUUGUUUUCAUGAAUAUUCAGACUGAAUCCCUGCUUACCAAGAUAUCCGGAGAGACAGCUUCUUCAACUGUGAAUGCCGGCUCAUUAUCCGAUUUGUCUAAUCUUGCUAAUGUCAGCUUGUAUGGUUUUGAAGAUUACCAUGGGGUUGAUAUUGGUGUAGUCAGAGCAGUUCGUCUUUGGUAUGCACCUUUAUGUGGAGAAUUCGCAAUUGAGGUCAAAAUAGAAGAAGAUGACACUAAGCUUGGAUUUGCCAUUAGCCGCACAGAAGAGGGCUUUAUCUAUAUUUCAUCAGUUAUGGAUGGUGAUGAAAACGUACCAUCAACAAGGUCAGGACUCAGCAAUCUAUACAAAGAAGCAACAAGUGCAUCAAGAUUGCUGGUUGUUUCAAGAGUAUCAAACCAGAAGGUCCUUCCUUGGAUGGUUUCGUCGACAGGAGCAGUCCGAUGCUUCGACACUGUCUCACUCAGCCAGAAACUUUCCUUACAUCGCCAUGCCAAGGUGCCUAUUCUCAUUCAUGUCUUCUUAUGGGACAGAACAUUACCUUCACCGAGUGCAGGCAAUGCUAGGAUUAGGUCUGUGUCUCCUCCUGUUAUGGCAUUGCCACCUGAAGUUCAAUUCACACGUCAACCUAGUCAGAAUCAAAUACAGCCUCUGCCAGCUGAUAUGUCGGAUGAUGGAGUAGUGGGGAAUGAGGCAGAGAUUAGGCUUGAUCGAGACACUGCCGGAGAAACAUCUUUUCGGUUCCAUGAUUUUUCACUUUCAAACAACUGGGUAUAA